UUCACCGAUCACAUACGAUACGAUAUUAACCCCACAAAUCUAAAACCCUAACCCUAGCCCCAAACAUCUUUCCAUCUCCCUCCCAAAACCAAAGCUCUCUCCAAUGGCGGAAGAAACAGCAACACCGACUACAACAGCGGUAGAGACCUCUCCGGUGGCGGAAUCAGCGAUCCCGCCUCCAGAAGAGCCAACCCUAAACAAACCUACCGAAGCUCCUCAUGAAGAGGAAGAGGUAAAAGGACCGAAAGAUGUCGUCUCUGCUGAGCCAUCGGAGACGAGCGACGCCGUUCCGUUGGCCUCAGAUCAUAAGAGGAAGUUGGAGGAUAUCAAAGGCGAAGACGAGAAGGAGGAGGAGGAAGAAGACGGCGAUGUCAAAGCGAGCGAGAAGAAGGAUGGGAAUGAGACGAAGGUUGUGGAGCCUGAGGAUGCUGGCGAUUCUAAGAGGCAGCGAGUUGAGGGUGGAGGUGUCGAUGGAUUGGGUGUAGAGGGAAGUCAAGUUGUUCAGAAAGAAGAAGAUCCAUCCCUGGCGAAUGGCCAGCUUCCUUACACAGAGAAUGUUGAGCCUGGAUCUGUUGAAACUGUUCAAAAAUCUGCUGAAGAUGUUGCUCAACCAGGAACUCUUCCUUCUGCAGAACAAGACAGCUCACGAAAAAUUGAAAUCCCUAACAGUAAGGUGGGUGCCCUUAUUGGUAAAGCAGGGGAGACAAUCAGGCUAUUGCAAAGCAAUUCAGGGGCAAGAAUUCAAAUAACAAGAGAUGCUGAAGCUGAUCCGAGUUCAUCUUCACGACCCGUUGAACUAAUUGGAACUCUAGAAAAUAUCAAUAAGGCGGAACAAAUGAUAAAGGAUGUCAUAGCUGAGGCUGUUGCAGGAGGUUCUCCUGCAUUAGUUGCCCGGGGAUUCGGUGCUGCACAAUCUAGUUCUGAGGUGCAUGAGAUGCAAGUCCCAAAUGAAAAGGUGGGAGUGAUAAUUGGAAAAGGUGGUGAGACCAUUAAAACCUUGCAAACUAAGUCACAAGCUCGUAUCCAGAUUAUACCACAACAUCUUCCUGAGGGUGAUCUUUCCAAGGAAAGAACAGUACGCAUAACUGGAAACAAAAAACAAAUUGAAUCGGCAAAAAUAAUGAUCAUGGAAGUCAUGAACCAGAUGCCUGGAAGGCCAUCAAGUUUCUCUGCCGGGCAUACCCAAAGCUAUCAUCCUCGUGGUCCUUCCACGCAACCUCAAUGGGGUCCCCGUGGUCCGCAUCCAGGCCAAUCCCAAAUGCAACAGGGAACUGCCUAUGAUUAUCCUCAAAGAGGUACGUACCCGUCUCAAACCACACAGUAUCCUCACCAGUCGAAUGCCAGCAGCUACCCACAACAGCCUCCUCUGAGGAAUCCUAGCGCAGGAUGGGAACAGAGGCCUGCUGUUCCAGCUCAAACCCCUGGUGGCUAUGAUUACUACGCACAAGGGCAGGGAAAUGGCAUGGGAACUCAACAACAUAACUCUGCUCCUGUGAACUACUAUGGUCAGUCUCAAGCUUCAGGUUACAGCCAGCACCCAAAUCCAUAUCCACAGUCUGGCCCUCCUCAACAGAGCUAUGGAGGACAUGGGUACAAUGACCCCAACUACUAUAACCAAGCACCAACACAGCAGAUGUAUGGUCAGCAACAGCAGCCAGUCAGCUCGCAGCCAGGCUUUUAUCCCCAACAAGCCAACCCUACGCCACAGGCUACUUACGCCCAACAACCGCCUUAUAGCAAGCCUGCUGCAUAUACUGGAGCACCUCAGUCUUAUGGUCCACCAUCAGGAGGACCCACCCAGCAGCCGUACCCAUCAGCUCAGAAUUAUGGGCCGACAUCUGGGUACUCCCAACCAAGCAGCCAAGUUGCUCCAAACUAUGUGCAAGGUGGGCAACCACCUCCGGCCUACAGCCAGCCAAGUGCACAAUCUGGUGGUUAUGGACAGUAUCCGGCGACACAGCCUGCUGCUUAUGGAGAGCAACCUGCAUCUAAUGCCAACUACGGCUACCAAGCGGGACCCACUGAUGCAGCUUAUGCUAACAAUGCCCCUCCAGCAGCAAACCCGGUAACCUAUGAUCAGUCGAUGGCUCCUCAGGCAAGUUAUGCCAGUGCACCGGUUAGCUAUGCGAAAGGUGUAUCCCCUCAACCAGGAGGAUAUGGGUGGCAAGCAUGACUUAAGUCUUAAAAGAUCUCUGCAUGCUGUUGUCAUUUUUGACAUUGUAGCAUUAAGAGCUGUUAUUAGGUAUUAGUCUGUAGUACGUGUCAUGUUUCAUUGUCGUUAUGCUGCUUUUGAAUUUUUCACUGGAUUGUUUUAAAUAUAUGAAUAUGUUGAAUCGCCAAUUCCUGUUUCUUUU